UGGUUAAUCUUAACAUCAUGCCUUCACUGGAAUGAUGAAGCAACACCUCUGAAUAAAUUAAAACCAAAGGCGGAGUUACUGCAUGAGUUUGCUCUUUUAUUGCUCAACUUCUCCAUCACAAUCAUAUUCACCACAUGAAGUGACAGUCGUUGAUCAGGAAAACAACUUACAAUGGCAUUCAACAACUCCACAGUGAACUUUGAAUAUGAAAACUCCAGCUCUGAAGACUGUGAGAUGGUGUUUGACUUGAAAACUUUUGAAAUCUACUCAUGCAUUUUGAUCUUCAUCCUCAGUAUCAUAGGAAACUUCCUCCUCUUAUAUGUCCUCUUUCUCUAUGAGAACUUAAAAAAUGUCACAAAUCUAUUUGUCCUGAACCUUGCCUGCUCCGAUUUGAUGAUCACAGUCACACUUCCUUUCUGGGCCGUCUAUCAGCUGCAGGACUGGGUCUUUGGUGAUUUUGCCUGCACAUUUGUGAUAGUGACAAAGAUUGUUGGUUUGUACAGUAGCGUCAUUCUACUGACUGCCAUGACUGUGGACCGUUUCAUAACUGUGGUGCUGCACAACAUGCCAAUAAACAAAGUAAGGAGGCAGAGGUUUGCAGCAUUGAGCUGUGCAGCUGCAUGGAUCAUCAGCAUUUCUGUUUCUAUACAUGUUGCUACCAGAGUCACGGUGAAAGACUGGGGUGGUCGUUCCAUGUGUUUAUCUAAUGUGGACUUUGCAUUUAAUCUUGCAGUGUCUCUGCUCUUCUUCUUCCUGUUAUCCAUCAUUGUUUUCUGCUACUCUGCCAUCAUCAAGAUAGUGUUGCAGGCUUCAAACAGAAGAAAGCGCAGGACAGUAGUGGUGGUGUUAUGUAUAGUUGCUGCCUUCAUCAUCUGCUGGGUACCUUACAAUAUUUUCUUUAUAAUCAGGUCCUUCUAUAAACCUAAAAACUGUUAUGCAUUGAAACGUGAGAUUAUUGCCUUUAUUAUUUGUAAUGUACUUGCUUAUUCUCACUGCUGCAUGAACCCUAUUCUGUAUAUGCUCUCAGAAAAGUGGCGAAAGCAUCUUUUGGAUCUUUUUAGCUGCAAGAAAGUCAGGAGGGUGAGAGACAGAAAGAGAACCACUGGCUCUUCUGUUAAGCAGAACGUAGCUUUUAAAGCACAAAGCUCUGCUGUUGUGUUGGAACCAACCUGCAGCUAGACAUUCAUCGCUAAAAUGAAAACAUCAAUUAAUACUUGAUAUGAUAUUUGUUUUGAACUAGUUUAACCUAUAGUGUUCACAUUUCCUUAAAGAUAUUAAGGGGACUACUUUAAUGUAAGUCUCUAUAAAUGUAGACCUAACAUGUCAGUUUACGCUUUCUCAGUAUUC